GAGUGCCAGUCAGUGCAUUACGCUCGCCCUCCGUACCAAGUGCUAAUUAGGACUUCCGAACGAUUUAAAUUGCUGCGAGCAAGCAUCCGAGAACAUCCGAUGGCGGCUUCCUUCGCCUGGAUAAUUUUUGGCUGCAGCGGCCGAAUGCAAAUUUUACUUCUCUACUGGAUAGUAGUGCUUGAAAUUGGUGUUUGUAAAAUGCAUCGUUUUUUACCGCCACCAAAAUGUCAGCGGAUCACUGUGGAACAGUGCAAGGAUCUGCCCUACAAUGAAACAAGGUUAGAAUUCUUUUAA